GCUGCCAUAAUAAUGUUCGAUCCCUGGGGCCACAAUUACAGCCACAUACACAAGGAACACGUGUAAUUAUCAGCAGAUGUUCUCCUGGUCGGAUCGAUCCAGCAAAGCUCCCAGUGAAACAGGAGACGUUUUGAUCCUUCUGCAGCCCUGCAUGUGAGAUGACUUUACUUCUGAAACUCAUCACCUUUACUUUAAUCCUGUAUUAUGCAAAGUGUGACUAUGUUAUACCACCAGUUCGCUACGAGGAAAUACUAGUACCACGCUAUGGCAAUGCCUCUCUGCCAUGUGAGUUCUCAUUCAUUGAGGGUACAGACGAGAUGGGUUUUAGCUGGCUGCGUGAAGACAUAAUUGAGGAGAUAGAGGUGGAUGACAUCUAUGCCUAUAUACAGCAGAAGUUCGAAUAUAAAGAGCCGGAGAGAGUGUUCAGCUUCCACGGAAACCGCGUAGAGCUGGAAGAGCAGAGCUUCAAUUACCAAGAUCGGGUUAAGGUUGACGUGUCUGAGAUUAGUGACGGAGACCUCACUCUUCAUAUUUACAAUGUGGACUACAUAGAUGAAGCCUUGUAUACCUGCAAAGCCUUCAGCCCCCAUGGAAAAGGGGAAAUAAAAAUGAAACUGAUGAUACAAGAGGAAGAGGAGCCCCCAGUUGAAUUUGAUACAAUUGACAACACUACAGUUGUACGAUGUGCUUCCUCUGGUUGGUACAAAGUCCCCAUUGUAAAGUGGUUGAACCGUCGUGAGCAGGACAUUAGUGAGAACUCUACCAUGCUGGUGCUGGAGGAGAGGCAAGAUGGAAGUCACCGUGUUUCCUCAACACUAAGUGGAGUAAAAAGCCAUGAAAUCUAUCGCUGUCUGAUCCGGGAUGCCAAAAAGGCCCGCCGUGCCCGGACCAUUCAUAGGAAACUAAAAAAAGGAGUUCUGAGAGAAUAUGGGGAAUUUUGAAGCAGUAUCCUGGAAACGGAAAACAGAUUGACCGAAACAGUCGUCUUGUUCACCUCUUGUAGCUUACAUAGAUGAUUGGAGAGCCAAUAGAGAAUGGCUACUAUCCCUAUCAGACAUCUGAGUCGCACUAUAGAGCAAUACAGAGUAUGAAGAGACAUCCAUCUAGUUAAUUAUUAAUAUGUUUAAACCCACGACCUGGGAAUAUGGUCACUCUCACAAUAAGAUAUGUAUAAAGAUGUAUUAGAACAUGUUAAAAGAAAUUGUAAAUUUAGCAAAUACAGGGUGGGCAAGAAUCCAGAGAAGGAUUUGGCAGGUAAAUCAUUUAUUUGUUAGUAGUUAUUUUUUUUUUGUUACAGGUACAUAUUAUAACGGAGUCUAGGAAGAUUCAUCAUUGCUAAUUUCACAAAGAAACAAUAAGUAAAAAUAGUGUGAGAUAUCAAGAUAUGAUUAAAACAUGUUUAUAUCCUCUAUUUGAAAAUCGUCCUGAAAUAUGGUUUCAACAGGAUGGGGUUACUGCUCACACAGCAUGGGCCACAAUGGACCUCCUGAGACAACUGAGUAUAAUUUCAAUAAAUUCCCAGAUAGAUUGACCGCCACGUUCGCCCGAUUACUUCCUGUGGGGUUAUCUGAAGGAGCGGUGUAUUUGAACAAACCGCGCACCCUUGAGCAGCUCAAGGAGAAUAUCCGCGCAGAAAUUUGAGUGUUAGAGCCUCAAACAAUAGCUAAUGUUAUAAACAAAGCAACCAAAAGAGCCGACUUUGUGAGGCGGCAAAUGAAGUUCAUUUAAAAGAUGUAAUCUUCCAUGCACUAAGCAUUCAGUGUAUGUUAUAUCAGUAAAAUUCAUUAGUAAAAAGCUUAUUGACUCCUCAAACCCUGCUCUGGAUUUUGGUCCACCCUGUUUAAGCCUCUUUCUCAAACGGCUUUGAAUU